CGUCUCCUUCAUUAGGCAGAAAACAACUUAAAAACAUCAAAACUCCUCAGAUCUUCAUCGGAGCCGCCAUGGAUCUUCACCGGAGCUCGACGAUCAUACUCCUGAUCCUCUCAAUUAUAACCCCCGCGACGCUCUCAAUGCGCUACGAGCUACUCUCGGGCCACACGAAAUGCAUCUCCGAGGAGAUUCACGCGAACGCAAUGUCCGUCGGCAAAUACAGCAUCGUGAACCCUCACGAAGAUCAUCCUCUUCCUGCUUCCCACAAAAUCACCGUCAAGGUGACAUCGCCGCAAGGAACGGCUUAUCACGAGGCGGACGGAGUGAGCACGGGGCAAUUCUCGUUAACGGCGGUGGAAACAGGGGAUUACAUAACUUGCAUCUCAGCCGUUGAUCACAAACCGGAGACGAUGCUGACCAUUGACUUUGAUUGGAGGACGGGUGUUCAUUCCAAGGACUGGCCCAAUGUGGCCAAGAGGAGCCAAGUCGAAAAUAUGGAGUCUGAGGUUAAGAAGUUAUUUGACACUGUUACUUCCAUCCAUGAUGAGAUGUUUUAUCUCCGCGACAGGGAAGAAGAAAUGCACGAACUGAACAUAUCGACAAAUUCGAAGAUGGCAUGGUUGAGUUUUCUGUCGCUUGGGGUUUGUUUAUCCGUCGCAGGUCUUCAGUUUUGGCACUUGAAGACUUUCUUCGAGAAGAAGAAGCUCAUCUAGAGACACAUCUAUGAGGACAGAGGUUGUUUGUAUUGACAACGUUAAGACUCUAGUUUUGUUGUUACACAAGUGGAUUCAGUUUUGUCAAGCAUUUUGUUACUCAGAUUUUAUGAGAAACAGACAUUAACCUUG